GUCUGUGGUGGCACUAACAAUAACAAUCACCCGUGACCAUAGAUUAAGAACAGUACUUGCAUUUUUGAUAAAUGAUAAUAGUCAUUCUUUAUUACUCUGAUACUUCACAUUAUUGCUGUCACAUUAAUUAUGUUUUACUAUAGGCAUCCUUAAAACUUGUUUACAUUUGUUGAAAUGGAAACAUUUUAUAUAAAUUCAUUUAGAAAUCUAAUAAAUAACGAUUGAUCAAAUUUGAUUAUAAAUAAUUGUUGAUGGGUAUUCUCUCAAAAUUAAUAUCUUGUAGAUUAGCAAUUCUAAGUUUACACUUAAACAAUACAAGUCUCAAAGUUUCAACGUUAGUUUUGCCGCCAAUUACUUUUGGUGUUAGAAAAAUGUCUCAGAAAAGUAUUACGUCUUUUUUUAAGAUCACCCCUAAGAAACCUGUUGAAAUAAAACAGGAAAAGAAUGAAGAUCAAGAUAUUACCAAUAAUGAAUCAUCAAGCAAUGAAAAUUCUCCAAAUAACACAAAAACAGAGAAGAGAUCAUCAAAGAGGCCGAGGUUAGACAGCAGUGGCAGUGAGUCACCAUCAGCAUCUGCUUCACCACAAACCAAUUCUGGAAAGAAAAAUAAAGGAAAACGUCAACGAAUAGAAAGCUCAGGCAGUGAGUCAGAGGCACAAGCAGAUAGUGGCGCAGAAAUCAAAAUCCUUAAGAGUGAUAAUCCUCCAAAAACAUACAAUUCACCCAAAAGUAAGAAAGCUAACAUAAAAAAGGAGGUCCAGAGUGCGAAAAAGAAAGAAAAUAAAAGUCCUUCACCGAAAAAAAAUAAAAUUGCAGUUAAGGAAGAGAAAUCCCCAAAAAAUGUCAUAGGUAAAACAUCUCCAUUUCUAAAUAGUAAUGCCACUGUAAAAAAGGAAAGAAGUCCCUCUCCAGAUGUUAUAAAGAGUACAGUAUUAAAAAAUAAAGAAGAAUUAAAAGAAGAAAAAGAUGUGAAACAAAAUGGUCUCCUUGACAAGGAUCUGGAGGCUUCCAAAGUUAAUGAUGAAAAAUGCAAAAUUUUAGUUGCAGAAGUGGAUUACAACCCAGCCAAGUCGAAAUACCAUCCAAUUGACGAUGCUUGCUGGAGUAAGGGACAGGCGGUACCAUAUCUAGCGUUGGCCAAGACACUAGAGGCCAUUGAGGGGACAUCAGCUCGGCUCAAGAUGGUUGAGAUUCUAAGCAACUACUUUCGUUCAGUGAUAGCAUUGACUCCAGAGGAUCUCUUGCCAAGUAUCUACAUGUGUUUGAAUCAGUUGGCACCUGCAUAUCAUAGUUUGGAACUUGGCAUCGCGGAGACGUACCUGAUGAAGGCGGUGGGGCAGAGCACGGGCCGGUCGCUGGCGCAGGUGCGCGCGGCGGCGCGCGCGGCCGGCGACCUGGCCGCCGCCGCCGCCGCCGCGCGCCACACGCAGCGCACGCUGCGCGCGCCGCCGCCGCUCGCCGCGCGCCACGUCUUCGCCGCGCUCCAGGACGUCGCCGCCAUGACCGGCCAGGCGUCGGUUAAUAAAAAGAUAGCCAAGAUUCAGACGCUGUUUGUUGCGUGCAGACAUUGUGAGGCGAAGUAUUUAAUAAGGUCGCUGGAAGGCAAGCUCCGCAUCGGUCUGGCGGAGCAGUCGGUGCUGCAGGCGCUGGCCGUCGCCACGGCCACCACGCCACCACACCCGCAGGGCGUCACCGUGCUCGACGCCUCCAAGGGACUCUCCACCGAAGAGUUCAAGGCGCGCGUGGACGAGCACGCGCUGAUAAUAAAGACGACGUACUGCGAGUGCCCCGACUACGGGCGCGUGGUGGCGGCGCUGCUGCAGCACGGCGUGCCGAGCCUGCCGCUGCACUGCCGCCUCGAGCCCGGCACGCCGCUCAAGCCCAUGCUGGCGCAUCCCACGCGUGGCGUCCACGAGAUCUUCGACAGGUUCGAAGGCGAGCAGUUGACAUGCGAGUGGAAGUACGACGGCGAGCGCGCGCAGCUGCACGUGCCGGGCGACGCGGCGCCGCGCCUGCACCACGCCGCCGUCUUCAGCCGCAACCAGGAGAACAACACCACCAAGUACCCGGACGUGCUGCGGCGGCUGCCGUCGCUGCUGAAGCCGAGCGUCACGAGCUGCGUGCUCGACUGCGAGGCGGUCGCGUACGACGUCGCCAACAAGCAGAUACUGCCCUUCCAGGUGCUGUCGACCCGCAAGCGCAAGGACGCCCGCGAGGAGGAUAUCAAGGUGCAGGUGUGCGUGUUCGUGUUCGACCUGCUGUACCUCAACGGCCGGUCCCUCGUGCGGGAACACCUCGCCACGCGCCGCCAGCUGCUGCGGGAACACUUCAACCAAGUGCCCGGCGAGUGGCAGUUCGCGACGUCCAAAGACUGCAGCACAAUGGAGGAGGUGCAGCAGUUCCUGGACGAGGCCAUCCGCGGCUCGUGCGAGGGGCUUAUGGUGAAGAUGCUCACCGGCGACAACUCGCGGUACGACAUCGCGCGGCGCUCCCACAACUGGCUCAAGCUGAAGAAGGACUACCUGGAAGGCUGCGGCGACUCGCUGGACGUGGUGGUGAUAGGCGGCUACCACGGGAAGGGUAAGCGCGCCGGCGUGUUCGGCGGCUUCCUGCUGGCCUGCUACGACCCCGACACCGAGGAGUACCAGUCGCUCUGCAAGAUUGGCACCGGCUUCUCCGACGACGACCUGCACAAGCUCAGUACCGCGCUCAAGGAACAUGUCAUCGACGCGCCCAGGAAUUACUACAGGUUCGACGCCGCGCACCGGCCGGACGUGUGGCUGGCGGCGGCCUGCGUGUGGGAGGUCCGCUGUGCUGACCUGUCGCUGUCGCCCGCGCACCGCGCCGCGCGCGGCCGCCUGCACCCCGACAAGGGACUCUCGCUGCGCUUCCCCAGAUUCAUCCGCGAGCGCGACGACAAAACUCCCGAGCAAGCGACGAGCGCGCAGCAGAUCGUGGAGAUGUACCUGUCGCAGGACCAGGUGAAGAACCAGGCCGCCAAGCAGACCAGCCACGACGACUUCUACUGAGCAGCGGCUCCCCGGCGGAUCUAGACAGCCCCCCCCCCCCCCCCCCCCCCCCCCCCCCCCACACACACUACACAAUCAGUAUAGAUUGUCUACGAUAACAUGGCACGCCUCUCCAAAACCGAAACAAUUAAAAGUGGAUGAGUAAAAAUAUUUACAAGGUUUCAACCAAACAAUAUAUACACCAGACGGAGACUUUGUACAAAAGUCGAUUGCUUGGGUACCUCCGUCCCAUUCGUGUUUCUACCGUGAAGCAGUUGUGUUUGCAUGGCUGUGUUUCGAUUUGAAGGGUGCGAUAUGGCGUGAAUUUACUGGGUACAGAGGAAUAACACCUGAGUCCUCAGGAAUGGCAACGCAUGGGAGGUAUCAUGGGCGAAACAGUAUACUAUGUUAUGUCCAUGGUACUGCUCAUGUCUAUAGGUGACGGUUACCACUUUCCAUCAGGUGGGCCGUCAGCUUGUUUGCCAUUUUAAGUUGUAUAAAAAAAUACUCCUCUGGUCGCACCACUACUAGAGACGUUCUAUCACAAACACAGACAGAGCACCACAUCUGUAUAUGGUCGGUCACACAUAUUGAAGUCAAGUUGGAAGGGCGUGCCGUGUUAACGUAGACAGUCUAUACAUACGUGUGUUACUUGUGUAUGUGUAUGUACAGGGCGGUGGGAAUCUUAAGUGUCAGAUGCAAAUUUUUAUUAUUACUCUCUCUAUAUCGAAAAUAAUACUUAAGUUGUCCUUUUAAAUGUAAUUUACUUUUUUUUUUGGAAAUUAUGAAAAUUUUCUCGAAUAAAUAGGAAUCAUCAAACCAGUUAACAAUUAGUAAGUAACAUGUAAACAAAAAAUACAAUCGAAUUAAUAUACGUCUUUUUUUUUUGUUAAAUUAUUAGAUUUGUCUGCAAUGCACUUGUCUUGAAGAGAGUCUAAUAUCGAAUACUGUCGAAUGCUAUAUAUAUAUUUUUUUUAUUGUAAAUGUUGAAAUGUCUAUACAAAAUUAUAUGUAAUGGGUUUUUUUAUACAACUUAGAAUGGCAAACAAGCUGACGGCCCACCUGAUGGAAAGUGGUAACCGUCGCCUAUAGACAUGAGCAGCACCCAUGGACAUAACAGAGUAUACUGUUUCGCCCAUGAUACCUCCCAUGCAUUGCCAAUUAAUGUUAUGGUAUAAUUAUGCACAUAUUUUAUUAUAAAUAAAUAUUUAAACUGAAUGUGACCUGUAGUCAAUAUGUACUGAAGCAUCCACAAUACCGAAAUAUAAUAGCAAUAUUUUUAAUCGACGACUUGAUCAUUACCUCACCUUCCUAUAGAUACAGGUUCGAUUCUCGAAUAAUAUUAGAAGUAUAGUGCCUUAACUACUUACCAAUCUAUAUUAAAUUUCUUAAACAUAUCCCGGUCACGUGGAAGAAGUCACGGGUAAAAGCUAAUAUGUAUAUAUUCACAAUAUGUUCAAGUAAUAUAUCUAUCAGUCUUGUUGUCAGUAAGUUCGUCGCCCAAUUUCGAUCCUAAUAAUAUUCGGGGAAAUCGAUAACAAUUGAUACACGCCCCCUUGUUUGAUUCUAGCCCGACAAAGACUGCAACUGUGAGCCUAUUCAUUUACCGGCUGUCGAGUACCUUAUAAUAUUAAUUGCUUUAACCACUAAAGCAUCUCGAACGAUACCAUCUCGUGCAUGAAAUGUGUUCCGAUUUGCUUUAUCCCAAACACCUCUCGCUACUUAUAAAUAUUAUGUUUAUAUUUUUAUCUGGAGCGAUACCUUCUCGCCCGUUUAUAUUUCACAGAGCUUAGUGUAUAUGUGGCGAGAUAAUACUACUACUGCUGUGUGCGGUUCUCACGGGGUCACCAGUUGUAGCAUUGAUAGUAGGGUUCAUAUUGUAAACAAAUUUAAUCAAUAAUUAAAAAAAAAAAACAAGUAUUUCACAAUAAAACAAAUACAUUUUUAAAUUGUCCAAGUUAACAAAACACUCUAGUCUCUAGUGCACGCGCAGCCAAUAAUCACAAAGCGCCUGCGCCACCUGCGCAUCUGCGAUCUUGCGAGUGAGUCCCGUGACCAAGCGUCAUGAUAUAAAUAAAUAAAUAUAUAAUAAAUAUUGGUGAGUAUUAUCUCACCACAUAUAUUUAUUAUAUGCUCGUUGGAAUUUAGUGUGUGCGCCAGUGCGCCAGUUGACCUCAUUUCACAGAAAAACCCUCGCAUUAAUUGGUUAAUUGGGUAAAUGUAUAAAACCUCUUUAUUAUACACUUCAAAGAAUGUCACAGAUAAUAUUCAAGACUAAAAUAAUUGGGUAAACAAAUUUGUUAUAUUUCGGCGCUGUGGACGACACGGGAACAGUUUGUGAUGUAAAUAAUAAACAUUGAAUGGUU